GAAGUAUAAGAAGUAAAAACAAAGUGACCCUGAAAAAGAAAUUGGAAGGAACAAAAAAUCAUAAAUUACAAGCAGAUGCAUCGAAUUCAAACGUAUCUAUAAUCUCUUCAAAUAAACUUGAAUGUUUACUAAGGAUAGCUAACAGUGACUACAAGCUUAGUGAAAAGAAACCUCCUCGUAGCAAAAGCUCGACUUUGCCCCUGUCCCAGAAAACAAAUGUCGUACCUCGCUCAAAAUCAGGCAUUACCUUACAUGCUCCAAGAAAUAUGAAUAAACGUGCUGAAACUUGUUUGAAAAAGAACUCAUUUGCGAAGGAGGGUGGAAAAUGUGCCAAAGAAACAAAUGCUGUGGUUGUUUCAGCUUUAACUCCAUCUGUUCAUAAACUUCACAUUGGUAAAAUAUGUUUGAAAUAUAAACCAAGAGAAGGAAAGCAGAGCACAUCUGUGUGUAGCAAUAUCUCUGAAGAUUUUACUCAAAAUGCCAAAGGGAAUUGUGACGAAGAACACCCUACAAUGAAAUCUUUUAUUCAAGAGCUUAAAAGUAAACUGGAUGCUCAAGCCUCUUACAUAUCAAAAUCGUGUAUAUGGUAUCCAUUUUUAACCUUUAAAAGUCAAGAAUAUUUAUUGAGCAAACUUCAAUGCAAAUCUUUUUGCAGUUUCCAGAAGGCAUAUCAACUAGUUCAUAGAUUGCAGGAAACUAUGUUUUGGAUUGAAUUUUUUUGUCUGAUUGCAAAAGAAAUUUUACCACAUUUACUUGAAUUUGAUGGAAGUGAUUUGAAUAGAAAAAAACUGUGCAAUUACUUCAAGAGUAUUUUUGUCAGCGCAUCCCAAAGACUGCCAAUGUUUAUUUCAAAAUAAUAGAUUGAAUUGACGAUUUGUCUAGCCAAAUUGAUGUCCUCUAAUGCAUUAGUCAGAUGCAAAGGGUUUUCCCAUUUCUAAAAAUGUCUGUAUAUUUAUUGAAAUAAAUUGUUUACUUUCUU